AUGUUAUUUUGCGGACUAUUCAUUCUGGCAACAUGCGCGUCCUGCGUCGCAGCUGAUUCCGGUGAUGAUUUCUCCAACCACCUCUUUUCAGACCUAGUGCCGCUGCUGGCGCUCUUCGGUGAACGAGUCACCAUGCAAUUCAUGAGCCAGUCCACGGGCUGGGCUGAUAACAUCAUCCUCGCUAUGGCUCCGUUGGGCAUCAUCACCAUCAUUGUUAGCGCCAUCCGCGUGGGUGGCCCUUCGUAG